UGGGCAAUCUUACGGUCACAUUGAACACAAUAUAAUGAUAUUAGUUAAUUUAUUUGCAAACGGUUUUUAAACAAUGCUUUUAUUUUAGAGUUUAUUUGUGUGCGCGGUUAUGCACUAUUACUACAAAUCGCAUCAGUUGAUCGUUUUAAUCCGUUUGUGUUAAGUGCAUUUGCAGUUGACGUAAAUUUGUUGUUGCGAAUUUUUGGCAACAGCAGCCAAAACAAUAACAAAGCGAUUAUUGCAUGCUGACUAAGUGAAGCGAAAGCUGAAGUCCAAAGACAAUCACACAAACAAACACAGGUCCAUCAAAAAAAUAAUGAGCGAAGCGGAUUCAACUGUCAGCAUUGCGGGGCCAGCAAAUGGCACUCGCUUUAUGCCACCCGAGGAGCUAGCAAUGCAAUCAUUGACCAAACAGCUGUUUAAAUCGAGACUUUUUCGUGGCAUUUACCUCGAGCGUUGCUUCGUGGAACAGUUGGGCGGUUACCGGGAUGUUAUAGCACUGCAAUAUACUGAGCGUGACCUAGAGAAACAGUUGCUGGGCAGCGCAGUGCAAUUGCAAAUGUUCUAUCAACGUUUCGUGCCCAAUAUGUGGAUUGGCAUAACCAGGGGUAGCAUUGGCACCUACAAGCACACACCACAUCCCGCACAACUCGAGACAUGUGUGUGGACAGAGUUAAGCGAUUUGGCAUUUGGCGAAUACUGGUUCAGCAUAAAGUCGAUACGAUUUCGUGCCCAGGAAAUUCAAUUAAAACUGAAAAUGAUACGAGCCGUUGAGCCGGAAGCAAUGCCAACGCCACGACGUUCCUUGUCCUUGAGAAGACCGAGCAGCAACAGCAGGAUACCCGCUAUAACUGCCGGCGACAGUGCUGCACCUGCAAGCCUUGUCACGGAGGAGCAGCAAAUGUCCUCAAUUGGCCUAGAAGAUUUUGUGCAAGUGCUGCAGCAAUGGCGUCAAUCAGUUGUAACGACAAUAUACGAAUUUAUGGCGCACGAUGUCAACAAACGAAAUAUAGUAGGCACCAUACGCUUCCUGGGUCUGCUCCUGUUUUCGAUCAUGAGCGGCGCUGCUGUUGCCCUUCGUUUUAUGGGCAUUUUUGCCGUACGGUUUUUAUUUGAGAUUAGCCGCUUUACGCAUACCGCGACACCAAUUAUUUUUAAAGUGCUUGAGUUUAUCAACAAGAUAAUUGGUGCAUUUUUCAUUCUAAUCACGAUGAUGUGGAAGGAUUUGGUUGUAAAACGUGGCGGGACUGGCCAACAACCAAUGCCGUUGGAAGCGAACAAUCGCUUCAAGAGUCUCACUUAUACUCCCUCAGAGCCCCAUCGACGUACUCCCCGCAACGCAUCAUCAAAUUAUCGGUAAUCCCAGCUACAUGUGUGUCGUCCAAAUUGUUUAGUAAAAUAUACAUUCUAUAUAUAUCAAUCAGCAUUUAGUCAGUACUGUAGAUUCUGGGGGUAAUGUUUUCCUUUCAAAUUGUGUUAUUAGACUUAAAAUAAAAAACAACAAAAAUGCCUUUCAGUUCCUUGGAAUACGUUAGCGUUUGUAAUAUGGCAAACCUUUCAGAUAUUUCAAUCGAUAUUUCUGCAUCAUUUUUAUUUUUGUAUUUUACCAAUUUCGUGAACAAUCGCAUACUUAUUAAAUGUGUGCGUUAAUUAUUUGUGUAUUGUUCUUUUACAUGUACUAAUUGUAUUUUUAGUAAAUUGUAUAAAAUUGUUGGCAAUAAAUAUAUA